AUGUAUACAAAAAGACCAUUAUUUCAAGGUGAUUCAGAAAUCGAUCAACUCUUUCGAAUAUUUCGUACACUUGGUACACCUACUGAUGAAACAUGGCCCGGUGUAGUUUCUUUACCCGAAUUCAAAUCAUCAUUUCCACGAUGGAAACAAAGCAACGAUCUCUCAUCUUUGCUUAAUGAUCGAAUGCGUGAUGAUGCUCUUGAUUUACUCCUUAAAAUGCUGGUCUAUGAUCCCGUUCGACGUAUAUCAGCGAAACAAUGUCUCAAUCAUCCAUAUUUUAGACAUUUCGAUCCUCAGAAUUUACCUGUUCCAGCAUCAAUUGUUGCACCUGUAGUGUAG